UCGACUAGACAAAAUAUAGUGCACAAACUCAGAAGUCUGUUCACAAAGUCACAAUAAUGGAUUUAAGGCUUAUAUAUCUGGCAUUUUUUCUAUUUACUUUUGGAGCGAACAUUCUGGCUCAAAGGCUUUAUGAUAAUGAAUAUUAUUGUGGGAACAAGCCAGCUGACGUUGUGUUCCUACUAGACUCCUCUAACAGUAUUUGGGGACCGUUCUUUCAGAAGCAGCUUCAAUUUGUCAAAGAUGUCAUAUCUAUGUUUCAAAUAGGGGAAAACACCACCAGAGUCGGUGUUUUGACCUAUUCAUCAAACGUUAACCGAGAAUUUUAUCUUGACAAGUUCCAUACGAAAGAGGACGUCCUUUCGGCUAUAGGUAGGAUUUCACAGAUGCAUGGAUAUGCUACCCACACAAACAAGGCUAUAAAAUUCAUGAGGGAGAAAAUGUUUUCGGUCAACCAUGGGGCAAGAGAGGAUGUGCCUCAAAUCGGCAUUGUUCUGACGGACGGACAAUCAAGUAAUAUGUUAAUGACGGUGUGGGAGGCAUCCAAAGCCAAGAGACAAAAGAUUUAUAUAUUCUCCAUAGGAAUUGGAUCCAGGAUCAACACAAGAGAACUCAGAAUGAUGGCAACUCGACCUGCCAGUGAAUACUUUUUUAGAGUAUCAGACUUCAAUGCACUUCAAAACAUAAAAAACAUUUUAGCUGUCAGAACAUGUAGAGUUACACCAAAGCCGACGACGACGACAUCUACGACGACAACGACCACAACAACUACUACACCGGCCCCGACGACGACUUCCUUGCUUCAAGUAGCACAAGCAGUGUGUAAAGAUGGAGUCAGUGACGUCAUUUUUGCAUUUGAUUCUACAACAACCAUUUCUGAUGCGGACCUUGACAAUCAAAUGUCGUUUGCAAAAGAAAUUGUCAACACUCUGAACGUACAAGCAAAUGGAACACGAAUAGGUGCAAUUUUAUACAGUGACCAAGUGGUAAAUGCUUUGGAUUUGAAUGAUCUUUAUGAUCGAGAUGACGUCAUAGCUACCCUGGAUAAAACCAAAAGGACUGCGGGAAGUAACAGAUUGGAUUUAGCCUUCAAACAUAUCCGCACCAAAAGCUUCCGUAGAGGUCUAGCUAGGAGAAAUUCCGCUCAACUCGCUAUUGUGUUCACUGGAUCUCCUUCCACUUACAUAAAAUAUACAACAACAGAGGCUCACAAAUCUAUCGACUCUGGAAUUUCGAUUAUUCCUAUUGCCGUUGGAAAUUUUGACAUUGAGGAAAUAAAAUCAAUUACUGGUACCUCUGGACAAUUUUAUCAGGUGCCUUCUUUCAGAGAUUUAUCUACCCUUAUAGGAGAGGUUGCUUUGGAAGCAUGUAGAGUUCCAAAAGCUGAGACACCUAUACAGGAUCAAGCAUGUGGCUCCCGUCAAGAGGCAGAUAUAAUGUUUGUAUUAGAUAGUGUCAAUGCUGGUCGCACGAAUACUAAGAGAGCUCUGGCUUUCCUCAAAGAUCUUACAAAAGAACUAGCUAUCGAUAAAGACAAAAUUCAGGUUGGAUUGAUGUCGGCUGAAUGUCAACAAGACAGCCCCGGGUUUGCACUUAGCUCCAACAAAAACGGAGAUGAAGUGAAAAAUGCUUUAACAAAGGUCAAAACGGUAGACUUUUCUGCUUUACUUAAACAGAUGAGACACGGGGCAUUUAGUCAUCGCCAAGGAGGUCGACGUCAUGCGAAGAAGGUGGCGGUACUCGUAAUAGAUGGAAGUCUCGAGAAACCACUUCGAGCACUCACAGAGGCCCAAAGAGCAAAACUCCAUGGAGUGGAAGUGAUUGUGGUUCAAGUGGGAGAGGAAAAGCCCCAAGAAGAGGUCCUGAUGAUGUGUGAUUCUCCUUCCAAGGAAACUUUCUUCAAAGUAUCAGAUUACAAGGAUCUUCCGGCAGUGAAACAGAAAAUUUGGGAUAGUUUGUGUGAUGAACUUUGAAUGUUAUUGCCGGUCUCUACAUUGACCCAAUGGGGAGGUCAUCUGAUCUGAUGCCUUGUUGUGGCUAUCUUCCUGUUCAAGGUUGGAUGUCUUGAUCCGCUGCUAGAUGAAAUAAACAAGUUUUUCAGACCAAGGAAUGUGGUCUCUUUAUAAGUGAAUUUUAUCACCAUUAAUAACGAGAAGUUUAGUCAUUCACUGGAGUAAAUAUAUAUAGCAUCGCAUUUCUCCUUUGUGUAUUGACAAAGGUAUUGCAUAAUAUGUAAACGUUACCUGCUGUUUAUUUCUUCUUUUAUAAAAUUUUGAGUUUGUCCCAACGAAAAGACAAAUCAUUACAUUGAACCUCAGCAUAUCAUUACUAAAAUGAUUUAUACAUCCAAUUUUUUCUAAUCCAACAUCAUACUAUAUGAUUGUGAAAUACUUAUGUUUUAAUGUUAUAUAUUUUUGUACAAUUGUUGUUGAUAUAUUAUUUAUUGUUUUAUAUAUUUUAUACUUUAAAUGGUUGGUGCAUUGA